AUGGCUGAUGUUUUACAUGACAAAGAAAAAGAGGAUGUACUGCGGGCUGUCAGCAGAGUGGCGCAGCGGAAGCGUGCUGGGCCCAUAACCCAGAGGUCGAUGGAUCGAAACCAUCCUCUGCUAAAGGACGUUUUUGAGUUCUGCCCACCCACGACCUGGGUUUGGUUUGCGGAGAAACUCAGUAAGGGAGGCCAUUCCCACCUGCGCCGUUCAGAUGAGGUUAAAAUAAAAGACUUCCUCAAGCGUGUGUUUCUUCUGGGGACGAACCCAGCGCAGAAAGCCUGGGAUUUGCAGGGAGCUUUGUUUUUGCGUCUUAACUGUUCGAGUCCACGAAGUGAUCAUGUGUUUGCCGAUAAAAACUCGGUUGGGGUUGGAAUGAGAAAGGUCCGCUUACAGAGCAAAACGAUUAGCAGUUUGUGGAGAGAAUUCAAGCGCAGGAAGGCCGGAGGUGGCUUCAAGGGCUGCGCGCGCCCUCUUGUGGACGAUGACGCGCAAUCCCCUUCCCCAACACCGAAAGAACAAACAAAACCACAACCCGGUAUGUCGUUUUGCUUAGGCGUUAGGUCUGGUCGUGGCAAUGGUGGGAAGGGACUAGGUAAGGGNAAGACCCGCUCUUCCCGUGCCGGGCUGCAGUUCCCCGUGGGCCGUGUGCACCGCCUGCUCCGCAAGGGCAACUACGCCGAGCGGGUGGGAGCCGGCGCGCCGGUGUACCUGGCGGCGGUGCUGGAGUAUCUGACCGCCGAGAUCCUGGAGCUGGCGGGCAACGCGGCCCGCGACAACAAGAAGACGCGCAUCAUCCCGCGCCACCUGCAGCUGGCCAUCCGCAACGACGAGGAGCUCAACAAGCUGCUGGGUAAAGUCACCAUCGCUCAGGGCGGCGUCCUGCCCAACAUCCAGGCCGUGCUGCUGCCCAAGAAGACCGAGAGUCACCACAAGGCCAAGGGCAAGUAA